CCUACGAGGGGGCGAAUCGCCGCUGCCGCUGCUCCACUCGGGUCCCGGAGACAACGACGGAGACGCGGCGUGGACUGCGGCUGACAGCGGCAGAGAAAGAAGAAUUCCCCGCCCGCCAAGCCGCAGCAAGGCAGAAAGACGACAACGACGGUGGGGGAGAUGCUGAAGACUUGGUUUUGAGCACAGGACAGGUAUGCCAGGACAGCAUGUCUGAAGUGCAAGCAUCUGUGGAGUUUUGUGUGGAGCUGCACAAGUUCUACAAUGUGGACCUGUUCCAGCGAGGACUUUAUCAGAUUAGAGUGUCUUUGAAACUGCCGCCAAGGAUUCCACACAAAGUAGAUGCGGUUCUUAUUCAGUCUGAAGGUAAUGAACUCAUCUUUCCUGCCUCGGUGCAUGAUAACCUGGUCUGCAGCAAGACAUUUUUAAUCCUCUAUAAAAAUGAAGAAGUCGUCCUCAAUGAAGUCAUUCUCCUUAAAGCCCUGCUCCUCGUGGACAGCAAAAAGGUCCAAGAAUCUUUGAAUGAUGUGUGCUUCCAGAUUGUGGUCGAUCUUCAUUUCACGGAUGGAGACUUUGCGCAAGAUGACCUGUCGGCCAUGCAGCUAAUCAGCAGCCGCACACUCAAGAUGAACUUCUCCCCGCCGCAAGGGCUGCACCACCACCUGCCGCUCAUGUUCGACUAUUUCCACUUGUCGGUGGUGUCGAUGAGCGUGCAUGCAUCGCUGGUUGCGCUGCAUCAGCCGCUGACGUGCUUUCAACGUCCACCCAAAAGCACGUGGCUGAACAAAAGCAGCCAGCCAACAAAUCGAGAAGUCACAAACCCAUCAUUGGAGAUGAUUCUCUUUGGCCCUGGCUACGUGAAGCAGCUUGCAGCUGACGGUAGCUCUUUCCUGGUGUCAGAGACUGCACUGCAACAUGCCUACAACUGGCACCGCACAAUGUGCAGGACCAUCCUGUCCGCUUACAAAAACCUCUUCAACUACUUUGCCUGCAUCAUGAAAGUCAUCCCUGAGACCCAAAGGGCCCAGUUAGCGCUCAACAACAUGCGGGCUCUCUAUGAACGCUUGCUUCGAAGAAAAUGUCCUCAUCCCCAGGCGGACAUCACCAUAGAUGACCUUGAUAUCAGGGCACGAAUGGCGCAGCUCACAUCAGAAAUACAGAAGGUGCGAAGCCCUGAUGAGCUCGUCGAGGUAAUCAACAUGGACCUUGCACACCUGUGCUCACUGCUCAUGUCCCUGUGGGGCCAGUUUCUCGAAACUGUCAACCUGCAGCCUGAGGUCACCUCUGGUCUUGCUCUGGAGCACCAUUGCAUGAGGGUAAGGAGAUUCUCUGAAGCAUUCUUUUAUCAAGAUCACAAUAAGCAAGCAGCACUGGCAUUUCAGGAAACACACGCUCAGAACCAUGCCGUGAUUGCAUCCAUAGUGAAGGCCUCGCCCUACCUAACCAACUUGCCGCCUCUGCCGGUGGAGUGCGUGGAAACGGAUGGGGAUCCCAGCACGCUGCCCAUCAUAUUUGAAGACCGCUACACUGAUAGAGACUGCACAGAUGGCACUCCAGCCAGGCCCGCAUCUCGGCACUCGGAGCACUUGAACAUUUGCGGGGAGAACAUCGGUGGGAUUCCAGCGUCGGACACAAGCUCACCCGAGGAGGGAAGCAGUGCCUCGUUCCUUCCCUUUAGCCUGACAGAGUUGAACAUCGAACAGGGCAGUAGUGCGAGCCCAAAACAAGUGAGCGAGUUUAAGGAAGAUGUUCGGGAUGGGUUUGCCAGGGAAUGCAUUCAGAGUCCUUGCAAUCCUGAAGCUAAUUGGGAUGGGUUUCUAAUCGCUUCAAAGCCACCCAGGGAUUUCUUAGCAGAUGGACUGCAAAUACCAGCUAAUUGUGAUACUAAACAAGAGCAUGGCGCCACCUUAAAAGGUCAUGAGCUGUGUGUAGGAGGCAGCUUGAAAAGUGAAAAAGCUACUUUGAUUGAAACUCUCUCCCUGCCAUUAGUCAGAGACAGGAGGGACGAUGGGAAGCAUUCUGUUGAUUCUGAGCCCCUACAAAGGCCCACCUCUGGUGUGAGGCACAUUGAUGUCAAACCUAGCGACAUAGACCCUUAUCGUGGCACAAAAGCCAUAAUAGUUCAAAGUGCAAAACCAGCCGAUGAGCAGAAUGCAUGCUGCAUGACAGAUGUAUGGAACAUUGCAGAUGAAAAUCCAAGAACAGAAGCUGUAUUGGUAGUUGACAGAGGUAUGUCGCCACUACAAGAAAGAACAUUUAAAGAUAACCUUGAUUCUGAAAAUGGACAUCAAUUAUCUGUGUCGAACACACCCAUUAAGGCUGGAAGAGCUGCGGCAAAUGGAAAAGGUCAGGGACUGAAGCCCACUGACCCACACAUUAGAACACUUUCAGCUUUUUCUGAUUCUGGGCUUGACAGUGAAUGUAGCUCGGUAUUGAUGUCCAACAACAAUGACUUAGACAGAGUUUGCAGUGGUAAUCCUGCUCAGCAAAACACCAUUGACAAUUUACAUGGUCAGCCAAAUGCAGAUGUUAAAUAUGGGCAUGUUGAUGACAAUCAAAUGGUAGAAAAAUCGAAACACCUACAUUCAUCUCUAUCUUCCAUCAACUCAAUUGCUUCAGAUGAUGACACUAAUGUUGAAGUCAUUGAUCUUGCACUCUGCGAACCUCACAAUCAUAACAGUAGUACACACUGUCUAGACUUAGCUGCAGUAGAACCCGAUGUUGAAAAGAGCACAGAAAUGGAAAACCGGGGGAAUGAAAUUGUCAUAAAACCACAUGACAAUAACCAAAUCCAGACUCUAGAAGCCAACUGUCAACACCCCUCUGUGCCACAUCGCUUGCAGGAUGUGAUGGAUGGGAAAUCUGAUGUAGAUGAAGAUUUAUACGAUGAAGAAAUUGAUACUGUUCAUUUGCAGGGAAAUAUAAACAAACUUUCAGGUUCUCCAGAGUGUUCCUUACCUCCCAGUCAUUCAAAAAAACUGUGUUUUCCCUUGCACAUAAGUGAAGAUAGCGAUGACGAAACUGACUUACUCACUUGCCCGGAACCCCUCACCACAACAGAUGCACACAGCGAUGUGGAGGUGUUCAGUGAGGAGGAUAUUAUCGAUUUGACCUCUUGUGUUGUUGAAGAAGACAAACUUCCAAGUAUUCUUCCACACCAUGCCCUGGUAGAUGCAGAAACCCGACCAACACUACACCUCAUAAGUAAUGAAACUGCUGUUAUUUCAAAACCAAGUCCAGAGGUGGAAAGCGAUGAUGCCACGUCUCUUAAAGGAUGUGAUGAAGUGGAAACAGGGCUGGUGGAGAACUACUUCUCGUUACCAAAACACAGCAAUCUGAUGAAUACAGUCGAGGAUGGCAGCAAAGAAGACAUUAAUGCUGCUCAAGAUACGGCCGACACGUUGUUGCCUGUGCACAUAGAGAGUCGAAAGCUCAUUCCAGAAGGCAUAGAGAAUGGAUUUUUCAAGGAAGCCGAUGUCAUUGGCAAAGGUGACAGGGACACGGGGGAAGACAAACUGAACCAGCAUCGGGCUGACAGUGAUGGCUCAGUAUUUCCACACCUAGAGAAUGAGCCGACGACGUCUCACAUACCAGCAUACUCGGAGAAGAUGAAAGCGAUGGAUGUUGUUGAUUUGUCGUGUACGACAACCUGCCUUCCGUUUUCCUCUUCCCGGGACUCGCCGAUUGGAGGCGUGCAGUCGCCACCGAUUAGCCGGAAUUCUGGUGGUGGCUCUGCAUCAGCCUUGCAGCGCACACCCUGCUACGACAAUUUUCCCAGCAACCACCAGCUGUUAAGCUUUUUUCAUGCCAAACAGGAGCUGAAGAAAACAAUGAAUUUCACUGGCCGCUGGUACAGUGAUCUCCCGGAGCUGGCUUCCUCUGUGCCCUACUUCUCGCCAGAUGAGCUGGAGAGCCCGGGAGGUGGCAUCCACCUCAUCGUGUGUGUGCAUGGCCUCGACGGCAACUAUGCGGACCUCCGCUUGGUGAAGACCUAUAUUGAACAAGGACUUCCUGGGGAAAAGAUGGAGUUUCUCAUGUCGGAGAGUAACCAGGGAGAUACAUUUGCAGAUUUUGAAACCAUGACCGAUCACCUUCUGGAUGAAAUUGUGCAGCACAUUCAAAUCUACAACCUUGUCGUCUCCAAAAUCAGCUUUGUUGGUCACUCCCUGGGAAACAUCAUCAUCCGCUCGGUGCUGGCAAGACCACGGUUCAAGUACUACCUGCCAAAGCUGCACACCUUCCUGUCUCUUUCCGGACCCCACCUGGGCACCCUGUACAACAGUAGCACCCUCGUCAAUACUGGCCUCUGGUUUAUGCAGAAGUGGAAAAAGUCUGGCUCUCUGCUGCAGCUGACUUGCCGUGACCACUCAGACCCACGGCAAACCUUCCUCUAUAGACUCAGCCAGAAGACAGGACUUCAGCACUUUAAGUACGUGGUGCUCGUGGGUUCAAUGCAAGACCGUUACGUUCCCUUCCACUCGGCGCGCAUUGAAGUCUGCAAAACGGCCACAAAGGACAAACAGUCAGGUCCUGUGUACAUGGAGAUGAUCUUCAACCUGCUAAAGCCCGUGCUGGAGAAUAAGGAGUGCAGCCUUGUGCGCUACAACGCCAUCCACGCACUCCCCAGCACGGCCAACUCCAUCAUCGGACGUGCCGCUCACAUCGCCGUGCUCGACUCGGAGAUAUUUCUGGAGAAGUUUUUCCUCGUCGCAGGCCUGAAGUAUUUCCGAUAGGUUGGUGUGGUAGCCAGAAGCCUGGCAGUUUGAGUGAGGCGAUGAUGAUGAUGUAAUUGCUGAGAAUUUAAUCUCUGUUCUGCACUGUGGAUAUUGAUGUUGUAUUUUUUUACAUUUGCAUUGAUUCACAUUUGGAACUGUCCUGUUAUGGCCAUGGCUAAGGGUAAAACACCUGGGUCUGUUCUUUAUUGUCGGUAUUUGAUUGUAUGCAUUUUUAUUGUUGCAUUACUUUUUAAUUAGAACAUAAGCUGCCCCACAUUAGUAGGUGUCUUAAAGGAAAAUAAAAAAAAUAUUUUAAUACAUUUUGAAGGCCUCUACUAAUGAAUUAUAUACAAGCAGCAUCUUGGCUGUUCCUAAAAUACAGCUUCCUUUGGAUUUCUGGUUUCCAAUUUAUAAUACCACAAUAUUUGUUUCUAUUCCUUAAUUUUAAUACGAAUUAACAAUGCUGGAAUACAAAUACACAUUUAUAUAAGAGCAAUAUUGCAUUUAGUAAUAUAAAUUUUAGCAUUUUUAUCACAUUACAUAAUGCAUGUUGGUGUCCUGAAUUUGGGCUGAUCUCACAGCAUUUUGCCUGUGACACAAGUACAUGAGUUUGCUAAUAUAUAUCACUUAGAACCAGCACAAGUGUCACAAAGCAGACACCCCAGUAGAAUAUCACAUGUUAGAUGUUUGCGACUGUUCAGAAUCCCCUUUUAACAUUUUCACCAGCCUCGUCUAUUUUUAAAUGAAUUGGCAACGUUAACUUUUGAACUAUGACCCCAGGUAAGCUUUGAGUGCACUUAUUAAUUAGUCUGAAACACAUUCAGUGAGAUAAGUAUACUUAUCAAACCUUGCGGGCUGACAUGCGGUUCAAUAAAGUCUUCUGCUCAUCGUUCUCAUACAUUUAUAUGUACAUAUGCAUUCAUGUAUAUAUAUAUGCAUGUACAUAAUGUGUGUGUAUAUACAAGUAUAGCAAGAUUUAUUUUGUACGGGACUAUUUUGAACUGUAUCUAAGAUGUAUUGCUUUGCAUUCUUUACACCAAAUGUAAUUUCCAAAUGCUGCGGGAUAUUUGUAAUUCAAGAUGUUUAAGAGGCUCAAUUUGCUGCAUUCAAAGGUGAUGUUGUUUUAUGGAACAUGGGUGCAUUUAUCUAGCUUUAUUAUAGGGGCAUUAUCUGGUUACUUUUCUUUGCUCUCAUCAUCACCGGGACAUCAGUUAGUUGUCUCAUGUUUUACUUUUUUUGCUGAGGAUUUUGUUAUCGAGUGAACUGUUGAGGAAUGCAAUUCAAAUUGAUGCCAACAAAUUGUUUAACUCAAGUUGAACACUGGCAUGUCCUUAAGGACAUUGGCUGCACAUGUAUAAAACCAAUCAUAAUUGCAUUCCUGGCUACGCUGCCUGUAAAGCACAAUGUAUCAGCAUGAGGUUUUGUUUUUACUGGAAAUUAAAUUAACACACAAGACAAUGGACACUUGAUAGCAACUGAAUAAUAUGUAAGAACUUGGUUUAGUGUUUAAAUACAAUUGUACACAUCCGAUUUUACUUUGUAAAUAACCAUUUUUAUCUUUAAAAUGGGGAAAGUGUGAUUUUAAUAAAUGUAAUUUUGAAAUAGUCUGUAUUUCCCUUUUUGUAUUUUUAAAUCUGCAAUGUUCUGUAGUAUUUAGUAUGCAGUAGGUUAGAAACAUUUUAACUCAGACUUCCUGGCAGGUUAAUAUACUGUGGGUGUCUUUUGUCCGAGGCAACAAAAGGUAAAUACACGAUAUUGAAAAUAAAUAUAUAUUCUAAUGUUUGUACUUUUAUAUAAAUGUUUUAAAAUUGCAAGUAUUUGGAUGGUAUGUUUAUAAAUAUCUUAUAACGUUUGAGUAAGUGGAAAUACAAUUUGCAUUUAAAAGUGUAAUGACAAAUCGCAAAUGACAAUGCAGAAGAUGAAUAGGCUGGCUCUCGUGAUUCUAGAUGACAUGCUCAUAGUCCUAAGCUUGCUUGUCACGUACACUUUUGCUGGAUAUUCAUCUCUUAAAUGCAUCUGGCACAUGAAACACUAUGAGGCUGAUUGGGUUCUUCUCUUAUAUGUUGUGCAUACACCAGCAAUACUGCUUUGAAGUCCGAAAUUGUGCAAAAGGUAACGAUAAUAUUGGGCAGCAUUAGAGUUGACAUGCCUUUACAAAAUCUGUCACUGGGAAGUUAUGGUAAAGACAAUACUCUACAUUAAAUAUUUGUAUUGGGUAUCGUAAAUGCUGAGAGGGCUGUAUGUGACAUUAACAUUGCUUUCUAAAAAAAUCAAUGAGAACCUGUGGAUUUGAAAAGGUCUCAGGAACCCAGAAAUGUCUGAGGAUUCUAUUGAUUGCUCGCCCUUCACGAUUGUGUUCAAGUGCAGCUGACACUGGUUUCUACUAAAUAAGGUAAUUUCAGACAUUUCUACUCCUAGAAUUUUUUAACAAUUAUCACAUUGUGUUUUAUUACUAUGGUUUGUUAAUGCAGACUAAUACCAACAUAAACAGAAACAAAAUCAACAGGUUUUCUCCCCUCUUGUUUAAAUUAAACUUGCAUGUGUGAGCCAGGAAAUGAUUUCCAGUUGAGGUGUGAUUGGAAAACGGAACUUAAGCGCUCCGAUUGCACUCAUGAUGAUUUUACAAGCUGGUGCUGAGAAAACUGGUAUGUUGGGUUUGAUGACUUCUUUUCAUUGUUUUUUUUUCCAGAACACGGUAGAACAAACGUUUGUUGAAUUCUGAAUUUUUUAUGAGGCAGCCUCGCAUAAAUCCCCCACUGGCUUGUAUUUAUGCGUACGAUUAAUGUGUGGAGACAUUGACAUGUAUACUGUUAACAGUUUACAAAUAAUUCAGCCAUGGCUACGUUUGUAAUAAGAUCACAUUUAAAUUCUGAAGCACAUUUUAAUGAAUUUAAAAAAUGCUUCCAUUUGUGUGGAUUCUAUAAUGUACUUAGUUCAAUAGAAUUCAAUAUUCCAUUUGGACAGAUAAAUGUUUUGCCAGCUAUUUUAAAGUAGGCUCUCCAUGUACCUUAAACCAAUGCAAACGUGUUUGCAGUGCUUUAGUUAUAGACCUAGCAGUAAUGUAAAUAAAAAAUGUUCACAAGGCACAAACCAAAUCCAUGUCAUGUCAUUUAUCCCACUUUUGGUAUUGACAGAUAAUAGCAUUGGUUUACUUUUUAAAGUUUAAAAUAGUUUACAAGAAACAGCUUUCUGAAUUGGUUUGUAAAAAUAAAAAUAUCCACAAUUGCAGGCAAAAAUGAAUAUUUCAACAUUUUAGCAACACAUAACAUGUAAUAACUGAGAAUUUUAAUUGAGACUCCAUUCCCAGCUUGACUAAAACUUAUGCCGACUCUUUCACUUUGCUGGAAGCGGUAAUGAUGAAUACUGAAUGAUAAAUGAUGGCAAUAUCCAUCCAGUGAUAUAUUAGGGUAUUAUCAAAUUGGGUUAUGUAUUGCAAAGUGGAUAUUAAAGACUUAUAUUUGAAUAUGUGGCAAUUGUUUACCAAUGGUGUCAUGUCCGAAUUUGCAAAGUUAACAUUUAUUACACAAUUGGAGUACUGUUAAAUGAUUGUAAUUAUUAAUAUACAAUCUUACUUGAACAUAUACAGAGAAAGCAAAUACAUUGCAUUCAAAAAUGUCAAUUGCAAAGUUAAGGCUGGCUGAGUCCCGUUCCUUUUUUUCAGGAGCAUCACGCAUUUUGGGAUGUUUAGCCAACUCCACAAUUAAAACAUUGAGUUCCCAGAGAAAGCCCAUGCCGAUAAUGGGAGUGAUGCUAAACACUGCCAUCUCCUGGCAGACGAGAAUAUUAAACAACAUUCAGCUUAAAUUGUGUAUUACAUCGCAAUGUAUAAUGGGAAGAAAGCACGCAAUUUGAGUGUUUAAAAUAUAGAAGUUAAAAGCAACAAGAAUAAUUCGUUUCUCCCAUUUGCACAGCUGCUGAAAUCCUGAAUGAGGAGAAUAAAAAAUGUACUAUUUUGGAAUUCAGAUCGUUAAAUGGAUUAUUCGGAGAUAUAGUUAUCGCCUCUGUAAUUCUCUCUGUAAGAUGUGCCAAAGCCAUUGAUUUUUGUUUCCAAUGCAGUGAUACAAGUGUGCGUAAAUUUAGAUUUUUGUGUGCUUACAUGCGCGGACAUUCUGGUCAUAUUUGCUUGUUUUUUUUUUACAAAUGUACGUUUGAUUUUGGUUCUGGGCAGAUCUGCUCUUUUGGGAAACUCUUGUUACAUACAAAUAUGGCAAUGUUUAUACACAGAUUAUAAUACAAAAUGCAUGUUAAUUUAAAGAAAAUCAUAUUCAAGCAGAAAUUUUUAUUUAAAACCAAUCUGAACUGAAGACGCUGUUGCUGAAAUAUUUGCACAUUAUUGACCACCUGCUAACAGCUGAUAAACACUUCAUACCAUAUUCUCAUAGCAUGUUAAACGUUGUGCAAUAUUGACCUCUAUCAGUGACGUAUGAAUGAAAGUUGGUGUUUUGAUGUAUUGCAUUGGUUUGUUUUGCUUUUAAUAGUUAUAUUUAACAUGGUUUUGCUUUUCUGCCUGAAAGGAGAAAUAACAUUAAAUGGUUUAUUGAUUGUUCUAUAAUGAUACACAAGGUUGAUAUUUUUAGACUGCUAGAGUGAAGCGACAUUUGGGAUGUUAAUAAAUUGACCUUUUAAAAGCAAGAUUUUGUUUAGUUUUCAUUUACUUUUAACACUUUCCUCGUGAAAAUCUUGAGAAAGGUAUAUUUAAGGCAGUAAAGUAUGCCUUAUUGUAACAAUUGGGCAAUAUAUUAUUACACAAAGUAAAAUACAUUUAUUUUUUUCUCUUAUAUUAAAGCAAUAGUUGGGUUUGAAUCAAUCCGGUCGGUGUGUCUGUGUGUGUGCAACCACAUUUAGAUAGCACUGAAACCGGGCACACGU